AUGUUAACCGAAGUGUUUACAAGCGGAGGAAGCUAACGUUCAAGCUAACUGCACUGUUAGCCAACAGUAACGCUGCGUUCUCUGUGUAACUAGUGUUGUUGGCUGUCAGCCAUGGGGAAGUCAUUUGCAAAUUUCAUGUGUAAGAAAGAUUUUCACCCUGCCUCGAAGUCUAACAUCAAAAAGGUAUGGAUAGCAGAGCAAAAGCUGACUUUCGAAAAGAAAAAGCAGGAGGAUCUCAUGCAAGCAUACCUGAAAGAGCAGGACACAUACAACAACAGGUUGUUGAUGGGGGAUGAUCGUGUUAAAAAUGGCCUUAAUUUUAUGUAUGAAGCUCCGCCUGGAGCAUCUAAAGAGGAAAAGAAUGAGGAGGGAGAGGAAGAAUACAAAUUUGAGUGGCAAAAAGGGGCUCCUCGAGAGAAGUAUGCAAAGGAUGACAUGAAUAUCAGAGAUCAGCCAUUUGGAAUCCAGGUGCGCAAUGUGAGAUGCAUCAAAUGCCACAAAUGGGGCCAUGUCAACACGGAUAGAGAGUGUCCUCUCUUUGGACUGUCUGGGAUCAAUGCCAGCUCUGUGGCCUCAGAGGAGGCAGCAGGUCCGUCGAUGCACCCCUCGGAGUUAAUGGCUGAGAUGCGAAACAGUGGCUUUGCCCUGAAAAAAUGUGUUCUUGAUAGGAAUGCUACUGUUUGUGAUCCAUCACAGGAAUAUGUUGCCAGCGAUGAAGAGGAAGAUCCUGAGAUAGAAUUUCUAAAGUCCUUAACAACAAAGCAAAAACAGAAGCUCCUCAGAAAACUUGAUCGCCUGGAAAAGAAGAAGGACAAAAAAAAGAAGAGUAAAAAGCAGAAGAAGAAAAGCAAAAGAAAGCACAAGAAAAAGCAAGAAAGUAGCGACUGCUCCAGUGACUCCACCAGCAGCAGCAGCAGCAGUAGCAGCAGUAGUGACUGUGGCUCAGAUUCAGACGGUCACAGCAAGUUCAAGAGCCAAAAGAGAAAGAAGAAGGAGAAAAAAGAUUCCUGUCGGGAUAACAGCUCUGAGAGCGAGCGACGAGUCAAGAGUCAGAAAAAGGCCUCUUCUCACAGGAGCAGGUCACCGAGCUCUCACGCUGAACAGAAGCUGCCUGAAGAGGAGUCCAGAGAAUGCAGACAAACAAGGACAGAGAGGCGAAGGAGCAGGAGUCGUCAUCGCAGCCCAGAGAUCAAGAUCAAGACAGAGGGAGGUCAAGAGAGGAAUAGACACAGCAGCAGGGACAGAGCGAGACCUGGCAGCUCUAGGUCUGCUUUGGACAGAAGUCAGAGCCACGAGAGAGGCAGGGAGGACAGAGGUAAAGACAGGCGUCACAGCAGAGAUGGUGAGAGGAACAGAGGUAGCCCGGAUGGAAGGAGGCAGAACAGCAGAUGGGAGGAGCAGAAGCAGGGAGAGGAGGAAGGACAGGGAGGCCAGGGGGAGAAGUAGGAGUCGGGAGAGAAGCAAAGACAGAGCUGAAAGAAAGCACUGAACUUAUCUGAGCUUUCUUUUCCUCAUAUGAAGUUAAACAAAACGUGAAAUAUUCCGAACAUGCAUGCAGUGACCGGCACCUUGUGUUUCUAGUAAUCUCACAGGCCCUCUCUGUGUUUACAAAGCUAAUUGCAGAUAUUGUAUGUGGGUCUCCUUUUCCUCCAGUAGAGGGAAGCAGUCGACAAAAUAUUUAGAUGCAGCUCAGUGAGGCUGCUGCUGGUUUGGAGGAAAGGCUCAAAGAUAAUUGAUUACUAUUGGAAGUGAUUAGCACCUAUGAUCGUUGAUGGGGAAAAUGCUGGACUCGUUGUCAUGGCCAGUUGACCGUUACGGGACAAAUUCUGCUGCAGCAGUUUUUUUAAUUAUUGUCUUUUUGGAGAUAGCUUCAUUAUAAACUGUAAUAUUAGACAAUUGUUGAUUCCUGACUGAUUAAAUAUCCAGUUAUGUCA